CUGCGCCAGGUCUUGCCCCGCCCCGCUCGGCAGGGGGCUGCGGUGUCCCGGGGCAGGGGGCCGCGCCGGGCUGCAGCCGCACAAAGCCGCGCUCGCUCUGCGCUCACGUGCCCGUCGCCCAUUAAGCGCGGCUAGAGGCCGGGCUGAGCCCUGCGCACCCCGGGCUUGCACCGCACCACGCUGCGCCGGAGGCUGCCCAGCCCGGGUCCCGGCGGCUGAGGAUGGAGCAACCGCCUCAGCAGCGCCCUGGCGCCCAGAUGGUCACCACCACCAGCAGCUCCUUCAUCGCCAGCUUCUCCCCGGCCGGCGCCAGCACCCUCGCCUACGACAGGGAGUUCCUGCGAACCGCGCCCGGCGUCCUCAUGCUGGCCGAGAUCGUGCUAGGGCUGCUGGUAUGGACACUGGUCGCUGGAACAGAGUAUUUCCUGUAUCCUGCCUUCGGCUGGGUGAUGUUUGUAGCCGUAUUUUACUGGGUUCUUACUGUCUUCUUUUUAAUCAUCUACAUGACCGUGACCUACACUAGGAUUCCCCAGGUGCCAUGGACCACGGUGGGUCUAUGCUUUAAUGGAAGUGCCUUUAUUUUGUACCUCAUUGCUGCCAUUGUAAAUGCAUCUUCAGUUACCAAUGAGCAGAACGGCCACAAUUACAACAGCUGGGCAGCUUCUUCAUUCUUCGCCUUUGUGGUUACCUUCUGCUAUGCAGGAAAUGCCUAUUUUAGUUUUAUAUCUUGGAGAUCAUGGACCUCACAGUAAAUAUUUUGUUUAAAAAAAAAAAUGUGGAUAUAAGAUCUCAGGAAGAUUGUACUAUGUGACCGAAAGGUUGGGGUUUUGUAUACUACUUUUCAUUAGAAUUGAUGAGAAAAUUAUUUAAGCUGUAAUUAAAAUGGAUACUUAUUUAUAAAAUACUAUUGCCUUUAGUGAUGACUAACAGAUUUUCUCUGUAUUGUAUGAUAAAGUAGUACAAGUAGCAAAAUUUCAUACUGUCUUUUAUCUUUUAAAAUUAACAUGGUAUUUUCCUAGAAAUUAUAUAGCUAUAGUAAUCUGCUAAUAAAACCUACUCAGAUGAUGUGCCAAUUUUUUCAAAUUUAACUAUUUUUAAAUGUCACGGCUGUACUUUCUGAAUAAAUGCCACAAAAUAAAAAAUGAGACUUUGAUAUUAUCUCAUUUUUUGUGUGCAUGAAAAACUAAGCACAAGAAUGCUUUAAAAUAAAUGUCCUGAUUUUGAAUGUAUUCAACUUUUUUGCGGGGGGGAGAGACCCUUUUCUUUCAUUCAGAUACUAUGCAAAACCCUGAUCUUCCCAAUUUGUGUAUUCCAUUCCAUCUACAAUCACCUUUCUGCUCUCCAACGAGGAGGGCUGCAAUAGAGCCUAUUAACUGAGCUCCAAAAUUAGCCAGAGGGACUGUUGCCUCCAGAAGCUGAGCACAUUACCUUUGAUAGUGUUCUUGUACCCAACAGGCCUAAGGAUCACGAGAUGUGGAGCCAAGAACUGAGCCCAGGUCUCUUGGUUUUUUCAUUUGGCUUAAGUUGAACAUAUUGAGUAUAUCAUCGAACACCUACUGAAGAUGUUGCCUCUUGUUUGCCAAUGGGCAAACAAAUCUAUCCCACCUGCCAAAGGGUCACCUAAAUGCUAGUAAAUAAUAUAAAUGUGUUCUCUAUAGGGUAAGCGCCAGAGUGGAGGUGGUAAGCAUGAAGAAUUCCCUCCAACCUUCCUUUGCCUACCACCAGCAUCUCCAAGAUGUUAAUUUGUAAAUUACCCUUUUUUACUUUGUAUCUCUCAUUUUUUACAUAUCUUUUGCAUUGGUGAAGUAGAACUGCAAGUGAGUGACUCAUAACUGACAAAGCUCUGCUACCAUAGCCCCAGGGGUUGCUUUUUGUCAACGUAGCUAAUGUUUGUUUAAGGAGGUGGUGUUCCUACACUGACAGAAAAACCUCUGCCAGCAUAGCUAUGCGGGUGCAGUCUUCGUAAUAUAGACACGCCCUCUAUCCUGAUUCACACCUCCUUAAAGAGCUAGGUUUCCCCAAUCCUAUACAUCUAGUCAGGGCCGGCACAACCCAUUAGGCGACCUAGGCGGUCGCCUAGGGCCUACAAUUUGGGGGGUGGCGACUGCAGCGGUAUUUUGGCGGCAGGACCUUCUGCCACCUCUGGGAGGCGGCAUUUCGGGGCGGGACCUUCUGCUGCCUAGGGUGGCAGAAAAGCUGGCGGUGCUCCUGCAUCUAGUACUAUUGUAACGGGUAAAUCCCUUCUCCUGACCUUCAGAAAUCUUUGACCGUUCCAGCUGUUGAAAAUCUAGUUGGCUCAAUAUUAAGGUUGAUUUUUGUCAUUGGUAUUGUUAGUAAAAACCAUGGACAGGACAUGGGCAAUAAACAGAAAUUCACAGAAACCUGCGACCUGUCCAUGACUUUUACUAAAAAUGUGGCGGGGGACUAACAGGCAAAGCUCCAACCUUACCCCGGGCAGCAGCUCCAGCCAACAGACAUGGAGGUCCAUGAAAGUCAUGGAAUCUGUGACAAAAUCAUAUCUUUACUCAUUAUAAUUUGUAUUAGGGAAAUCUGAGGGUUAAAGGAAUAGAACCUGUUUUGAAGUACAUAUUUCUCCCCUUUAAAUAAGCUAACUACACCUCUACCCCGAUAUAACGUGACCCGAUAUAACACGAAUUUGGAUAUAACGCGGUAAAGCAGUGCUCCGGGGGGGGGGCUGCGCACUCCGGCGGAUCAAAGCAAGUUCGAUAUAACGUGGUUUCACCUAUAAUGUGGUAAGAUUUUUUGGCUCCCGAGCACAGCGUUAUAUCUGGGUAGAAUUUUAAUAUGCCUUCUCACAUGUUUCAAAUGUUGAUCACACAGCUGAUGUAUCUGUUGAGUGGCAAAAUCCUUCAACAUAAGGGAAGCCAAGUUAUUUAAAUACUUGCAUUUAUUAUAUGUCUGUGCAGUAAAGAUCAAAUACUGGACUGCCCCCUGUGGUGGCAGUGAAGACAAAUGCAUAGUUGUUGGCCUAUCUACACAGAUCAAAGAUUUUUGUCAUUAAAAUUUUAUAGGAUCUUCUGGUGGUUGAAUAAAUAUCAAACAUCUAAAAAUGGUCCAAAUGAUAAAACUUGUAAAUAUGCCUUCAAAUGUAGCUAAAUUCAAAAACCUUAUCAGUGAUUUCCCAUCAAUGGCUAUAGAAAUCUAAUAGAAAUUCACUCUCAAGUGUAAUUGGAUUUACAAAAUCUCAGCCCAGAUGUAUAUAUGCUCUUUUCCCUCCCUAAUUAAAUAUGGAUGAGAAAAUUAGUUUGGAUUCUGUCAUACAAGUGCUAAAACAGACGUGUUGUGGCUUUAGGUACAACUGUGCACUCCUAAAGAUAGAAAUAAACUUUAACACCCCCCCUCCAACCAUUAUGUAAUUAGCUUAUUAGUAAAAUAUUAACUUUGUAUCUACUUCAUCAAUAUUUUAUUAAUAUUUUCUCCAUUUAGUUUUAUAUUGCAAAUUUAAAAUACUUUCUAUUAACGUGUAACAAAUUUUCACUGUAAAAUAUCUAGACUUCUACUAAAGUUAAGUGCUUGUAUAUUGUGGGAUGCUGAUGUCAAUUUAUAGUCACCAGGACUCAUUUUACAAAAAGCUUAUUUACAAUAUCCCUUAUUAUCCUAUGUAAAGCAUGUGACACGAUGCAAGUAAAUCAAAUCAAAAAAAUUAUAACCAAAUGUUAAACCUAAAACUCAAUACAGUGAGGUUCCGCUACCUAUGUUCUAGAGUGGGGAAUUUGUACCAAUCUUCACUGUAAGCUGUUGCCUCUAUUCCUGUGCAUGCAAUAGGACUACAUGCAUUACUUAAUCAGCCUUACUGUGGUGAUGAUACUGUUCUACAGGGACUGAGCUCAACAUAGUGGUGCACCAGUCACAUGUGUACACCCCAGCCACUCAUGGAAAAUGGGGGAGAACUAUGAAAACUGAGGCAGUGGUAUGGAAAUCUCCAGAUUCCCUAACAGAAAGAGGAGAAAAGCCACUACUAGAAUCUUCUUCCAAAGGGGAGGAGAGAAACACACACCCAAGAGUACUGAACUUGCACUCUGGAGAGAGAUGGAGAAGGAAGAAAUCGUCUUACUGGUCAGCAAAGAGUAGAGGGGAUAUUUUCCUCCUAUGUAAACUCUUGACUUUAAUCCAUGAUCCAUGUUGAAGCCCCAUUAAUGUUGUGAGGUUCUUUCUUUCUACAACCAUUCAAAUCUCUCCUCCCCAACUAGCCAAGGAAAUCUCUUGAGUGAUCAAUCUCUUGCACAAUGAGAAACAGAGGGCCAGUGCUAUAGUUGUAGUAAUUAGUCACAUGAGUAUGAACAGCAUAUGCCAGAGGUGCCCAGCCUGAGCAGGAGCCAGAAUUUACCAAUGUACAUUGCCAAAGAGCCACAAUAAUACGUCAGCAGCCCCCCAUCAACUCCCCCUGCUCCCAGUGCCUCCCAACCACCAGCAGCCCCGCCGAUCAGCGCCCUCCCCAUCAGCUGUUUCAUGGCAUGCAGGAAGCUCGGGGAGGAGGGGGAGGGGGGUGGAGUGGGGGCAAGGCCUGUGGCAGAGCCAGGGGUUGAGCAGUGAGCACCCCCUGGCACAUUGGAAAGUUGGUGCCUGUAGCUCCAUCCCCGGAGUUGGUGCCUAUACAAGGAGCCACAUAUUAACUUCUCAAGGCCGCAUAUUGUUGGAACAGGAUUUUAUAAUGUCCCAUAAGAAUUAAUGUAUGAUUUGAUUUCAUUCUGUCAGCCACCCUUUUCGAAUAGCAGAAAGAAAUGACAGACCAGAACGAUCCUUAUGACUGAUUAUGGUCACCUUUUUGUUUUAGGAUAAGUUAUAAUGUCUACUAUGGUUUCCUAUAUGUAUUACAAAUUAGGCACUCUAGUUAAAUAUACAUUUCUUUGUUUUAAGGUUUUAGUAAGUAAGAGACAGGAUCUUGUAUUGUAUCUAUGUUAAGGAGAUUAGAGGAAUGUUGAGGGCCUGAAGCCCCAAUGUGAAUUGUUUUAGUUAUAAGAUUUAGCAAGAUUUGAUUUAUAAUGUAUUCUGCUAAAUAUACAAUACUGCUGUCUGUAUACCUUUGAAGGUUUCUGUAAGAGAUUGUUUGUGUGAAUGAGGAAUGCAUGUAUCAGGAAAAGAUAAGGUGUGAAAGCCACCACAAAUGUCCAAAUGGUCAAGAAGAAGUGAGAGACUUGGAAAGACCAGGAGACUUGGAAAGACCUCCAUUGUAUCCGAUGCUAAACAUGUUAGCAGCAUUGAUGACCUCAGAGGUGACCCCCGAAGGCGAGACAACAAAUAGGAGAUAACGAUGGGAAGCCCGAUAAUAACCAUCAAAUGAUAACACCACUUAAGGACUAAUGAUGACAGGGUGACAUUGCAAAAUGCAUGGACUCAAAUGGGCAUUUACAACUAUAAAGCUGGGGUGUUUUGCCAUGGAACUCUGGGUUCAGUCUGCAAAGCCUCAGAGCAUCGGAUCACGACCAACAAGAGCCCAGCUCCACACUCGUGCUCAAUCUAACUGGCCAUUAGAUUGACUCGAGCUACAGCAGACUGGUAACUAUGAACAUCACUGACAGGACUGUGUGUGUGUGUGACUGAAAAGCAUAUGCUAACUGUUGUAUUUUCAAUAAAUGCUUCGUAUUUGC